UGUCGCAAGAAGCGCACCGAGGCGUUCCUUGCUCAACCUAUUUCAUCAACCUCCAAACGUUUCAGACCUGGCGACGAAGUGGGCGCCAACGAUGAAGCAGCACAAGAACUCUCAACAGCUCAACCCCAACUGGGCUCAGCUGCAACAAAAGCUCAAGUCCCAUGGCUCCCGACCUCCUAAAAGCUCCGAGCUUUCCGAUUCCGGACCCUCCAAAUCCGUAUUGGGGAAACGCAAGGAAAGGGCCGAUGCGGAACCUGACGAUCGUUGCCCUGAUCCCUUGAUGCCUGCCAAUAGUGAUUUCGGACUGACGGAUGCGAUUGCCAUGGAUUGCGAAAUGGUUGGUGUCGCUCAAGGAAAUAAGAGUGCACUUGGGCGAGUUACACUGGUAAAUAAAUGGGGAAAUGUUUUGUAUGAUGAAUUUGUUCGCCCAAUUGAUCGUGUCGUUGACUAUCGCACACAAGUCAGUGGAAUUAGACCCAGUGAUAUGCGAAAAGCCAAGGAUUUCUGUACUGUUCAGAAGAAAGUUGCUGAAUUGAUUAAAGGGAGGGUUCUUGUAGGCCAUGCAUUGCACAAUGAUCUUAAGGCAUUACUGUUGACUCAUCCUAAGAAAGACAUAAGAGACACCUCGGAAUAUCUACCCUUUCAGAAGGAAGGGUGCCGAAAGGCGCUUCGUCAUCUUGCAGCCGAGCUUCUUGGGGCUUCUAUCCAAAAUGGAGAACACUGCCCUGUAGAGGAUGCACGUGCUGCAAUGUUGUUGUAUAUAAGAAACAAGAAAAAAUGGGAGAAAAGCGUCAAAGAUCAAAUCAGGUUUAAACAAAAGCAGAAGAAACGCAAGCCAAAAAAGAAGCCUGUUGACAAUGGUGCUUUGAAAGUUGACUGAACUAAACUCAUUUCCUGGACAUUUCUUUCAGUGUCAAUAUGCUAGAUGCUGCAGAUCAAGCCUUUUGAACCCCUGAAAGAGGAAUGUAUUCAACGAACGGUACAUGCUUCAAAAGGAAAAGAUGAUAGGGGAUCUGCAUUUGCCCUACAAAGGGUUGAAGCUUUCAGAAACAGCUGUGUAUCUUGUUUUCUUAAAGUUUAUGUUUUUCGCAGCAGUUAUCACGUUCAGUCUACCAAAUACAAUGGCAUAUUGUAGACAGAUUCAGAAAUGUAUGAUUAUAUUGCACCUUGUUAUUCAAACAUGAGGUGAAUUGCAAAGGAAACCUUCUUGUGCAU